AUGGGUCAACAGGUGGGACCCAAAGUGGAAUCGGAAGAGUAUGUGGUAACUGAUUACGAAUAUGAUGAAUCUGACUGGGAGUCAGAUGAAGGAAAGGAUGUUGAGGAGGUGCACAAUGAACCCCACCUAUUGAAAGCCCCAUCAGAUCCACGCACGUUUCAGAAGAGUGAUGCAUACCAUUUACGCUCUCUUGAGGAAGAAAUAACAAAUAUCAAGCGUCAAUGCGUUGCAACCGAAGCAAGGGCUCUCGACGAUUGA